AUUUUUUACGACCUUGACAUGUUUUUUCCAGUUCGUGGUUAAUUAUUGAUGAUAGCAAUGACAUGGGGAACAACUAUCUAAAGCAUUGAAAUCUCAACAGUCGACACUGACUAACAAUAGUAUAAGUCUAAUGGUAAGACAUUCACUAACAUAUUAUGUGUCUCAUGGUAAGACACUUAAACUAAAAAUAUAAAGACGACUAAAUAACAUGUCUCUAGGUUGAAACUUUAGGGAAAGUUUAUGUUUUUUGUGGGCUUUGGAAAAGACUAAAAUUCCCACUGAAACGUAAUUCUCAACUCUUUGACCUAAAUUACGUGAGAAAGCCUACAUAUUUUAUUUCUUGCAACCAUGGAGUAGGUAUUUUUUAAAUGUUUUAUGACGAAGUUAACGAAGUAGUUUUAGAAAGAAAAAAAUUGAGAAUGAAUCAAAUGUCAAAGGUCAAAGACUGGUCUAGGAAUGGGACGUCAAUGCACAGACGGGUGUCACCGUCAAGAUUUUGAAAUACAAAUAUAGUCAAAGUGAUGUGCUUGUGAUGUGCUUGUGAUGUGCUUGUGAUGUGCUUGUGAUGUGCGUGUGAUGUGCGUGUGAUCUGCUUGUGAUGUGCUUGUGAUGUGCUUGUGAUGUGCUUGGGAUGUUCCAGUGGAAAAAGCAAGCACCUAUCAAGUUGUUUUUUUCUUUCAUGAAAUGAUUGAUUACAAUUUUUUUUGUUGAAUGAUUAUUUUCUCUUUCUGAACAGUUUCCGAGAGUUUGAAUUCGCGCUCGCUCAUCUAAGAAACAGUGCCUGAAAGCCUCACCGGGAAAACCCGUUAACGACAUCGCAUCACCGGGUCAAAGGUCGACGAACGCCUCUUCGAGUCAGCCAUGAACAACAUCGACUUAACGCACCUGGUGAAGAGCUAUUUCGAGCCUCAACUGGAAGAUGAGGUCAGGAAACGUGCGGAUAAGAAGAACCCUGUGAUCGACUGGUCCCUCAUGACCAAGACGUUCGGUAAAUCAAACUUGGGGUCGAUUUCAUUGACAGUUAUUCAAUUUUACUUACGGCAUAUACAAAAAAUAUGGUUCAUUUCAUGACCUGACAAAAAUUGUCGCCCUUCCAUCUCAUAGAGGCGAGGUUGGGGGUGGGGGUGGGGGUGGGAGGUGGGGGUGGUUCGAUGAACAUGGCGAAUCUAUGAAGCCCAAGUAAGGUGGUUACAUACGGGGAAUCAGUUUACCAGUGAGCAGAUCCCUUUCAACAAAGCUGGUGAGGCGAAUACGACGUGGCUUUGCCACACCAGCGUCGCAGGACAUUAAACUCUGAACUCCGACUCCACUUAACCUCUAUGUGGCGUACUAGAAAUCAAGAUUUGAAACAGCGACAUUUACAGCAAUGGAAUUUUGGGUGGGGGGUGGGGGGUCGGGGGGGGGGCAGUGAAUAUUGGCUUCCUAGUCCAGAUUAUGUCCCUUAAAGAAAGGUAACAUUUUCUACAAAGUCAUAGGUGCUUGGAGUGGAUAGGUCAAUUCGAGGUCAUACGGUCAUAACAUGGUCAUAUUCAGAUCCACGUGGAGUCAUGAAUAGCAUGGCCAGAUCCAGAUGGAGUCUAUGAUAGCAUAGCGUGAUUCAGCUGGCGGCUGGAGCCAUGUUGAAUAGCAUGGCAAGAUGCAGAUGGAGCCAAUGGAUGACCUGGUCGGAUUCAGAUGGAGUCAUAGAUACCUAGCAAGCUCAUAUGAAGAAUGUGGACAUGGAAAAUAUCAUAACAAAAAAUAAAAGAUGACAAAAAAAAAACUGGCAUCAUUUUCCGGAUCAUUUACUAUACCCCCCCCCCCUUUUAGAAUCAGCAGUGCCAAAACUAACAUUUCCGCAAAGACAGAAGAGGCCCCCCCCCCCCCACCAUUUUCAACAGUAGUAUUGAACGAUUCAUGUGCUAGUAACAUCAAGGGGGUGGGGGCAUGAGAAGCCGAUGAGCCAGUAGAUAUUACUCAAUGGCCUGAUCGACAAAAACGAGCUGAGUUGUCAAAGUAACCCCAGUGAUUGACCCGGACUGUCUGUAGGGCUAGUAUUUCAUCCAGCGGGCUCAACAAUUUAUAUCAAUUCCGUAUUAAGUGUUUUGUAUCUUUUAGCUGGUAGGGUUUGUUGACGGAAAUUCUAAAUUCUUUUAUUUUUAGUACGUAUCAGGUCCAAACGCCUUUCCUAAGUCUAAGUUUUUUCCUUAUAGAUGGUUUACCUCAAGUCUAAAUUCUUUUAUUUUACUACAUAUCAGGUCCAACGGUUUACUUUAAUUUUAAAUUAUUUUAUUUGAUUACAUAUCAGUUCCAACGGUUGACCUCAAGUCUAAAUUCUCAUAUUUCACUACCAAUCAGGUCCAACGGUUUACCUAAAGUCCAAAGAGACACCCAAGCCCAAAAUGAACAUUCUGUUCAGCGCCAACUUUGAAAACACGACCCCUAAACCCCAAGUGUACACCUUGAAGACCGACCGGAAGACCCAGGCGGUCACCGACAUCAUGUUCAAGAAGAGCUACACCGUCGGCGGAGAAAUAGAAGCCACCGUCGGCAUGCCAGUGGAUGCCGGGGGAUUGCUCAAGGCUGACUUUAGUAGAGUGAGCGGUGAGUACCGCCGGCGCCAAUAGUUCUUUUAUUACUUUUAGUGACUUUUAUUAAUUGGCCUCUUCUACAUGGGUCGUGGAGGGCAGGGGGGGAGAGGGGCAGUGUAUUGUUUAGAAUUUAAAUUGAUUUCUCAGUUUUUAGAAGUUAUAUUCAAGCAUGAUGUUGUUAAUAAAAAAAAUAAUUUAAAAAGUGGACAAAUAAAAAAUAAAUAAAAAUCUCAAAAAAUCAUUUGAUGUUCAGCUCUGCAGUUUUAAAAUCGCUUAAAUAUUAACUUAGCUUUUUUCGUGGGUGGCUGGAAAAAUAUCCGGACGGCUAAUUGAUCCACUUACUUUCAACCUAUCGAGCUGAAACUUGGCACAUAGACAAUGAAAACACAUUCUUUCACAUUUGUCAUCCCCACUUGAAGGCAUGUUUAGUCAAAUUUUCAGCCCCCACCCCCAUUGCUCAAUAUGACAUUUCAUAAUGGAUUUCUACGAAAAACUUUCUUUUUAGGGGUUGUUUAAUUUCUACACAACUUGAGACCCGCCAGCAAACAGCCCACGGUUCUCAAGCCUUUUUUUUUUGAAUAUUAUAAAUAUAAAAUUACGGUUUUUACCUUUCAGAUCUAGAACAAAUAUGUGAAGAGCAUAUAUUAGAUAUGAUUCGGCAAUUUUAUGUUAUGGUUAGAAAUAAUUAGCGAGUUAUUAUUUGUUCACAUCAUACGAUCAGAGCCGUCACGUGGGGACCUUUGACCCCUGUGAAUGCGAACUUUUUAUAACGGGAAAAAAUAUUUAAAAGAAAGUAAUUUAAAUUGUCGUGAAGUGGCAAAAUAUUAUUUAUUGCCAUUAUUUCAUAGAAUAUCACUACUACCUGUCCCAUUGUCUUGUAUCACCACCUGUCCCAUUUUCUUGUAUUACCACCUGUCCCAUUUUCUAGUAUCACCACCUGUCCCAUUUUCUUGUAUCACCACCUGUCCCUUUUUCUAGUAUCACCACCUGUCCCAUUUUCUAGUAUCACCACCUGUCCCAUUUCUUGUAUCACCACCUGUCCCAUUUUCUUGUAUCACCACCUGUCCCUUUUUCUAGUAUCACCACCUGUCCCAUUUUCUUAUAUCACCAUUAGUCCCAUUUUCUUAUAUCACCCUCUUCCCAUUUCCUCGUAUCACCACCUGUCCCAUUUUCUUGUAUCACCACCUGUCCCUUUUCUUGUAUCACCAACCGUCCCAUUUUCUUAUAUCACCAUUAGUCCCAUUUUCUUAUAUCACCCUCUGUCACAUUUCCUCGUAUCACCACCUGUCCCAUUUUCUUGUAUCACCACCUGUCCCUUUUCUUGUAUCACCAACCGUCCCAUUUUCUUAUAUCACCAUUAGUCCCAUUUUCUUAUAUCACCCUCUGUCCCAUUUCCUCGUAUCACCACCUGUCCCAUUUUCUUGCGGCUCUCAGGAAUGUUUAAAAAAGUUAUGCACGUUGUGUGUGAGAGCGUUGGCCUAAAUUCUCGUGGUUGACGUUGCAUACAAACGUUUUCAAUUGUUUGUUCCAAACAUCGUCUCUCUAUAAUAUAGAAUGGUAUCCCCAGUUGACUUCAAAAUCGGAGAAGCCCUGUUCCAAACUUAGACGGAGCUACAACAAGCCUCUAGCGGACCUGCAGUUCUUGCAAUGCUGAAUCCUUGCAUCUUAUGAAGUUUUGCUUUGAAAUCCUUGCAGGCAACAGGGUGUACAACGAGCAAGAGCUGACGUGGGGGGUGGACAGCGAGAUCACCGUGGAGCCCGGACACUGUGUGAGGGCCGAGCUGGUGGUCAAAGAGUCGGACUUCAGCGGAGAGUUUGAGGAGGUGGUCACAUUUGAUGGAGAUGUAAGUUUUAAAAAAUAGCAUUAUAUAUAUAUAUAUAUUUUAAAAAAGAACAUUAUAAUGUAAUAUAGACAGAAAUAAGUAACUCAAUCAGUAUCAUUAUUAAAAUGUCUCCGUAGAGAUGUAAAACAAACCUGGCCGCACUUGUUCCACAAUCUAUUUUUAGCACAUAGCAGAUCGUACAAUGUGUCGCCGUGACGACAUCCGGGCGUAAUAUUAUAUGUUGUAGAUUUAUAGGAGCGUUUCAUUUGGCGUGAUACAAAACCAAACUUUUUCACUUGUAAUGUUCUUCGCAUCUGAGUUCUUAUAUCUCGGUUAGGUCAUAGUAUUUCCUCAACUUGAUUGCAAUUUUUUUUAUGAAUAUCUUUAGCUAACUUGCUCGUUGAUACAGCUUUUUUUUUUUUUUUUGUUUUUUUUGUAUUUUUGUACAGCUUGAUGAAACGAAUGGCUUGGUUAUCAUGGGCGCCCACAGGGGGGGGGGGGGCAAGGGAGGCACUUGCCUCCCCCUGGAUUGAUUGGAUAAAAAAAAUUUAGACAAAAAAUAGACAAAAAAUGUAUUAAAGUAAAGAGAAAAUAAAGAGAAAGUAACUAAGCUGAUGUCCUGUCCGUUCGUUCACCAUACAAAUACGCUUACAGUAAAUUAAAACUAUGUUAAAACAUUGCUAAACAAAUUUUGCGCCCCCCCCCCUGGAAAGUAAUCAAUUUUUUUGCCCCCUCCCCCACCCCCCCUAGAAAGUUUUCUGCCGGCGCCCAUGUUUGUUAUAUAGCUUUUUUGAAAUGGCUGGCUCUGUUGUAUUUUUAAAGGUUUAAAAAAAAAAUUAUUUGCUUUAAUUUUGUAAAUUUCCAGUGCGCUUCUUUGAUCACUUUUCUUCUAACUCGUAAUAUUUUUCUACACCAGGUCGCCAUCUCCUACUACCACAAGAAAGAAAAGUACAUCGUUGAGACGCUCGAGGACAGCGUGGCUAAGAUCUUCGUCACCAAGCACGGGUUUGGGACCGAUAUCAAGGGCCGGCCAACGUUCAACAUCAGGGGGGUCUGCAAGUGUAAGUACGGCAUGGAGCAGUUCAUCAAUCUCAUCGAGAGGGAAGGACCCUGUGAUAAGAUCAUCACUGGUCUUCAAGACUACGACCCUUCUUCCAGCAGAAACGUGUUCCAGACCUGAGGGAACAUAAACCUGAGUGGACUAAUGAGGAAUGGAAAAGUGUAAAUAUCAGAGAAACAGAAUAGUGUAAAUAGCAUAUGAAAAGAAUAGUGUAAACAACAGAGGAAUAGAAUAGUCUAAAUAACAAGGGGAUAGAAUAGUGUGAAUAACAGAGGAACAGAAUAGUGUAAAUAACAGAGGAAUAGUAGAGUAGCGUGGAGUUCGACUGAGUAAUUAUGUUUUAGUUCAUUUGUUGACAUGUGUUUUAUUAAAACAAUUCAGAUCGAGACAAAUUUUUAAUACAUGUCUAAAUUAUGUGUUUCAUUACAAC